AACCAAAGCCAAGCCCCAAAGCAGACCAGAAUGCAAGCCUGUAAACUGUUUCUCUCAUUGCUGCUGGCGAUGCACUGCACUCAAGCGCUGCUGGCUGCCUGUGUAUGCUCGGAAAAGGGUUCCGACUAUUGCCAAAGCUGCCAAGGACCGACAAUUGUGCGUCCGAAGCCCCGCUACUAUGAGCCCAGCGAUGUGAACCUCUCGCCGAUCGGUGACAAUUGCUGGUGCAGCAAGCAGCUGAUCGAACCCGCCCAACUGCCCAAGACCUGCGGAAAAACGACACCAUGCAAACCCACCUGCGCAUGCCAGCAGAGCGACGAUAGCUACAGCAGUGGCUCCAGCUCCAGUUCCAGCUAUGGCAACAUUGCCUAUGCGGCCGAGAAGGAGGAAGAUAACAGUCCGGCCGCAGAUCCCAUCAGUGUGAGCCUGGCUGCCCAGGCCGGCAAGGCCAUCAAUGUGCCCGAGGCUAAGCUGGCCUUUGGCUUUGCACAGAAGCCUGUGGAUGGUGUUCAAAAGGUACAGUUCUCCAAUGUGCCCGAGGAGAAUCUCUUCAAGCUGAAGAGCGAGGUCAUCACUCUGAAGAAGCCCAACUAUGUUGCCAAACAGGAGGAGGAAGAGGAGUACAUCGAGGAGGAGGAGCAACAGCAGUCCGAUGAUGAGCCGGCCCCCCAGUUAACCUACAAGCAGCUGGGCUACAUAACCGAGCAAUUUAAGAACCCCAAGUUCAAGAAAAUAUCCAGUUCCCGCUCGAGCUAUGGCUCCAGCAGCUAUGGCUCCAGCAGCUACGGCUCCAGCAGCUACGCCUCCAAGAGCGCCUCCAGCGAUGGCUACGGCAAGGUGGCCGGCAAGGUUUCCGUUGAUUGUGGAUUCAAGCCGGGACGCAUAACCUCCUACCGCAAUGCGAAUCGCCAGGAGCCAGAUGCUGGUAGCUGCUAUUAGGCAUAUCCUGCUCAUCCUUCCGAUUGUAAAUAUCUACUAUUUAUACUAAGGAAUGAAUGGAUGGAUGUUUGUCUGUCUGGCUUAGAGUUUAAAUAUAUUGACUUCUCACUAUUUAUGCAAAAAACAAACACAAACGUGGCUAUACAUUAAUCUA